AUGGGAUACGAUUUCAAACGGAACAUUGCUCUGAAGUGUGCGUGAGGCUUGUCUCUGAGAAGCUCAUUAUAAUGUUCCCGGGCGAAUUGGUGAAUCUCAGCUUGUCUAGGAACUAUGGUAUCUGGCUGGAGAAUAUGCUGUUCCAUAAGAACAUGCGCCGAAAGUGUCAGUUCUUGAAGCUCUACUACACGGAAUCAAGGACUUUUGUCAAUCGAUUUCUCGUAACAUUUGAGCUCGAAAAUGUUCGAAUUCAAUCAAUGCAAUCGGUUUCUCUCUGUAAUGUGAGUCAACAACUGUAGACGUAUAAAAUUACAUCAUUUUAGGCUGGAUCCUGGAAAAAAGUAGCAGUUGAGGGCAACUGGGUGAACUUCCGAACUGUUAGUGAGAAGCUGACAAACUGCUCUCGUCUGCACUUUGACAUGACGGAUCUAACCACCAGAAAUGUCAUUUGGAUCGUAUAAACGUGGCAAAGCGGUAAAAAGUUCCAAAACUUUCAACGUGUUCAGUUCGAUUUGGUAACAGUGGAGAAGGGAACCAUUCAAAAAGCCAUCCGAAUGAAUUUGUGGCGUCGGCGUGGACGUGUAUCUCUCAAUGAGUACGUUUUACUAUAAUUUUAAUAGAACGUCAGUGUUUUUUCAGCAUGAGAGAAGAGAAUAUCGACUUCACUGACAGCCGGACCAUUGAAGGACACGAGCACAAAAAAAGCUGUUAUUGUGUUUUCCGGAAACACUGUCCAUUUCAUACGCGAUAUUUCUAGACUCUGAAGAGUCCAAGUCUGAUACCAGUCCGAUUCUAUUUGUGUAG